AUGUCCGAACCCAACGUGGCUAAGGAGCCCGGUCCACAAGGCGAAGAGUCGCCUAUUGUACCAUCCACUUCUCCAGAUGAAAAGAAGAAAAGAGAGUACAAGGAUUUCACCCAUGACGAAGAGAAACCAACCCAUGCCAAUGUUGACAUGUCAUUGAUCGAGUUGAAAGCGGACGACCUUUAUGACAAGGAAAAGGUCGACCUUGAGACUAUCGUUAUUGAGGAUGUUUUCAAGCUCCUCCAAUGUGACGAGAAUGGUCUCAACACCGAAGAGGCACAUCGUCGUAUUGAACUUUUCGGUCCCAACAAGCUGGAGCAGGAAGAACAGAACCCAUUCUUGCAGUUCUUGAGUUUCAUGUGGAAUCCAUUGUCCUGGGUCAUGGAGGGCGCUGCUCUUGUCGCCAUUGUAUUAUCAAACGGUAACGGUCAACCACCAGACUGGGAGGACUUCAUCGGUAUCGUCCUUCUGCUCUUCAUCAACUCUGCAAUCGGUUUCUAUGAAGAACGUAACGCUGGUAAUGCCGUCAAGGCACUUAUGGACUCCCUCGCCCCCAAAGCGAAAGUAAGGCGUAAUGGCACCUGGUUGGAAAUUGAAUCUUCGGAACUCGUUCCUGGUGAUAUGAUCUCGUUCAAGAUCGGUGACAUUGUUCCCGCAGACUGCCGUUUGACGGAGGCCAUCAACGUCUCUAUUGACCAGGCUGCUCUCACCGGCGAGUCUCUUCCUCAGAGCAAGAAGUUGGGUGACCAGUGCUUCUCUGGUUCUACCUGCAAGCAGGGUGAAGCGGAAGGUGUUGUCAUUUCCACUGGCGCCAACACUUUCUUCGGUCGUGCUGCUUCCCUCGUGGGCCAAGACGAUGACACCACGGGUCAUUUGCAGAAGAUCCUUGCGCAGAUCGGCUCAUUCUGCUUGGUGUCAAUCGGUAUCUUUGUUAUCGCGGAGAUUCUCGUGCUCUACGCGGGCUUCCACUACAGUUACCGUCGCGGUCUCAACAACAUAUUGGUGCUCUUGAUCGGUGGUAUCCCCAUUGCCAUGCCGACUGUCUUGUCGGUUACUCUUGCCGUCGGUGCCCAGCAACUUGCUAAGCACAAAGCCAUUGUUACCCGUAUCACUGCUAUCGAGGAGUUGGCCGGUGUCACCAUCCUUUGCUCCGACAAGACGGGUACGCUGACCACCAACAAGCUUACCAUUGACCGGGCUACCAUUCGCACAUACGGGCCCUUCUCGGCUGAUGACGUCAUGCUCCUCGCUGCCUACGCUUCUCGUACUGAGAACCAGGAUGCUAUCGACUCUGCCGUCGUUCAGGCUCUUGGUGAAGUGUCCCGUGCUCGUGCUGGCAUCAAACUCCUUGACUUCAAGCCCUUCAACCCCGUCGACAAACGCACGGAGAUCACUUACCGUGAAGAGAGCUCCGGCAAGUUGAAGCGCGUCACCAAGGGUAUGACCGGUAUCAUCAUCGAACUUUGCACGCGUAACAAGACCGAGGAGCUUGAGAACAGGCUUGAGGCUGAUGUUGAGGAGUUCGCUACUCGCGGUCUUCGUGCCCUCGCCGUCGCAUAUGAGGAGCUCGACGGCGACGACCCAGAAAGUGAAGGUAACGGUUUCGAGCUCAUUGGUCUCCUUGCCAUCUUCGACCCCCCUCGUGAAGACACCAAGCAGACCAUCGACGAUGCUCUUGCUCUCGGUGUGAAGGUGAAGAUGGUGACUGGUGACCAGCUUGCAAUUGCUAAGGAGACUGGACGUCGUCUUGGUCUCGGUGAUCACAUGUACCCCGCGAAGGUUCUCAAGGACGGUCCUGCUCCCGGUAGCAAGCACUUGUCACUCGACGAGAUGAUCUUGGAUGCCGACGGUUUCGCAGGUGUGUUCCCUGAGCACAAGUAUGAAAUCGUCAAGCGUCUCCAGGGUCUUGGCCACCUGUGUGCUAUGACUGGUGAUGGUGCCAACGACGCUCCCGCUCUCUCCCGUGCCAAUGUUGGUAUUGCCGUCGAAGGUGCCACAGACGCUGCUCGCGGCGCUGCUGACAUCGUCUUGACUGAGCCCGGUCUCUCUACCAUCGUCCAUGCCAUUCGCGGUUCGCGUGUCAUCUUUCAGCGUAUGCGCAACUACUCAAUAUACGCUUGUGCUGUGACCAUCCGUAUCGUUGUCUGCUUCGCUAUCCUCGCCUUCGCUUUCAAGUUUGACUUCCCUCCGUUCAUGGUCCUGAUCAUUGCCCUCCUGAACGACGGUACCAUCAUGACGCUCUCAGUCGACCGUGUCUUGCCCUCGAUGACCCCCGAUUCUUGGGAUCUCGCUGAGAUCUUCGCGUAUGCUGUUGCCUAUGGUAUCUACUUGACUGCCUCGACUGUCGCUCUGGUCGCAAUCAUCAUGAAGACUACGUUCUUCUAUGACAAGUUUGGUGUCAACUUUAACGGGAGCCCCACUCCUAACGGUGCCAAUGAUUAUCAACUCCACAUGAUUGUCUAUCUCCAAGUCGCCAUUAUCUCGCAGGCAUUGAUCUUUAUUACCCGCUCGCACGGCUUCUUCUUCAUGGAACGCCCUUCCAUGGCUCUCUUGGGAGCCUUCUGCAUCGCGCAGCUCGUGUCAUCAAUUAUCGCUGCUUACGCCAACUGGGGAUUCACGCAGAUCCAGGCGAUCUCAGGUGGAUGGAUUGGUGUCGUUUGGGUUUGGAACAUUGUUUGGUUUGCCCCUCUCGACUGGAUCAAGUUCGCAAUGAAGGCAACCGUUAUCAAAAAGCUUCGUGAACGUCACGCACAGGCUCAGGCUGCACAAGCAGAACAGGCUGUCUCUGGUGUUCCCAUCACUCGCACCCAGUCUCGCGCUGCUUCGAUCCACGAGUCGUUGUACUCCAACCGUGUGUCGUUCAUCCGCCGUGCUGCUCGCAAGGUCGGCUUCGGCUCCAAGAUUACGAUGAAGCCCGAAGAGCUCCAACGCUUCAGCAGCAUCCAAGCGCAACGUACGGGUGCGACACUUGCUCGCAAUCCCAGUCGUACCGCUGCUGCAUAG